AUGUCGACUCGAAUGAUGGGACCGCUUCGAUCUUUCCCCUCGCUUCGUAGUCAGCUUCGUCUCCGCUUCACCCCCAUUUGUUCGGGUACGCACACGGCGGCAACUUCGAGGUCGGCACCGACCGCCGCAGAGACUCCCCUCGGCUGCUGUGCCCCCGAUUCCGCGAUGCGUCCCCCUUGCAGCAGGCCGAGACGGUGAAACUUGGUCGUCACCUCCAAUCACCCAAGCUCGACGUCGACGACCUCACCGAUAAGCUGCAAGGACUGACGUGUGCGGUCCAAGACACGACCAUCGUCGCUCGUGCGCUCGCGGCGCUUGAGAAGUCGUUCGCUCGCGAGUUCCGAUGUGGGGGUGAUCAAGCCGCGGUGGCUGACGAUUCGUCCCUGCCGAAGCUCGGGAUCCAGGAGCAGCUGUACGGCCCGGACCUGGAGGAAAAGCUAUUCAGGGAUAUGAUGUCGAUGGAUAAUCUUCCACUUGUGAUGUCGCCUUCUAUCCUAGAUGCGGUGAAAUUUUUGUGGGACGAUCCGGACCUCAAGUUGACCAACUCGGGACCUACGGAGUUCCGUCGGUCGCCACUUUUCCCUCGUCCGCGAGUGCGGUAAGAGUCAGAUCCCGUCCUCGAUUGCGGCUCCGCAAACGUUAGCGACGGUUGUGGUGAUCGAUUUCGAAGAUUUCGAGCUCAAGUACAACAAAAGAGGGCUUACGAAUUCACUCAGACCGCUUGGUGGAUUUGCAAGUCAUGUCGCAAAAAGGUGGCGAUCUUCGUUUCCUGGAGUUGAUUUUCAGAGGCCUUGA